AUUAUACUUUUGGCAGUGAUUUAACUUCUAUUAUGAUUGAUUAAGAAGUAUCACAUUUUCAAGAAACUGAUUAGUGUGAUUAAAACUACUAGACAAAAAAAAAGGAUGAUAGAGGACCUAGUGGGGGUUGUAUUGUUAGAUGGAAAACUGAGAAAUAUUAUGCAUGUACAAACUAUUGUAUUUACUGUCAAAUGUAAAACAUUAAUCCCCCAAUAAAGAAAUUAAAAAAAAACCUAUGGACAAGCAAAACUCUUAAGAUUUCCAGAAGCCAUGUUUGUCAUUCAUUUAUUUUACUCUCCAUCUUGACUUCUAUUACUGAGGGAUAUUAUUAGUGUUAGUAAAAUUUUAUGUGCUUUGGAUUUAUAUCCCUAUUAUCUUAGAAUUUUGAAAAUCAAUAUUAAAUCACGGAUGAAAUAAUUAAUAAUAAAGUAAACAAUUAAAAAGAAAAAUCAGAAUUAAAUUGACUUAUAAAUUGAAUCUUCACUGAAUAAACAUAGUAUAUGAUUCAAUCCUGGGGAAAAGUUAAAUAUUUAUCAGCCUUAUAACUUCAUUUUGAUUGGGUAACUAAGAUUUCACUGAGUCUUUCCUUCUAAAGUCUUAUUUAUUUAUUUAUUUAUUUGUUUAUCUAUGUUUACCAGAGCAUUGCUUCGCUCUGGCUGGAGGUUGUACCUAGGACCUUCAGUGUCUCAGGUAUGGAAGUCUUUUUGUACAGUCAUGCUUAUUUCCCCAGCCCAGCUUUUCAUUUUUACUCUUUGUAAUUAAUGUAGAUGCAAUAAUGGCUACCCUAUUCAUUUCAGUUAGAGCAACAAAUAAAGAUAUUUGAAUUAGUGUGUAUUAUAAAAAAUGUUAUAUUAUUGGUAAAUAAAUUGAAAAUAUUUUUAGCUCUAUUGUGAGAAUCUGUCGCAGGAUAAAGUCCUGGAGAAAGAAUCAGUUUGGGAGUCCAGGAAAUGGUGCACCUGGUUAAAUGCUCACAUUAUAAUGCACAAGGACUCAGAUUCAAGCCCCUGGUCCCCACCUGUACAUGGAAAACUUCACAAGUGAUGAAUCAGGGCUGAAGAAAUAUGAAUGUAGGCCCAUCUUGGAAUAAAGCACAACAUUCAAAGAAUUUUUCAGGAAAAGGGCAGAAUAAAUCCCAAGUUCCCCGGAUGUGUUCCCACUUGAAAAGCAGCCUGGAAGGUGCCUCUCUACCAAUGGAGGGUGAACUUAAGGAAGUCAUUUCCCCUCAAGGAAAACCUGGAAAGGGUCUGUUCAGUUUCCAGUGCCAGGGAACUUCAGGAAAUAAGCUAUUUCUUGAAUUCCAGUCAAUGAAAAUUAUUAAAGAAGAUACUGACCAGGACAGUGCCAGUGAUCUCUCUGAUUCUGAAAGGGUGCCCAUUGUUCCCUCUCCCCUCACACCUCCAGAGCUGAUUCUUCGGGCUGAAGAAAUCGAUCCAUUGUGCUUCGACCUGCAUGCAGAUCAGGCCCAGUCAAGACCAGAAUACCAGUACCCUGAUUUUCUCCCACCCCCUUUAAACUCCUGGAACAUCUCUAAUAUGGUUGGGUUUCUGAACACUGAGAGUAGACCUGGACCUGGAGCAUCUCGAAUAGGUGGGGCUGUGGGUAAAUAUGUUGAUAGACUCUUGCAGCUGGAGUGGCUGCAAGCACAAACUGUACAGGGUGAGAGAGCAAAAGGGAUCAAAUCCAGACCCUCUACAGCUCCUGGGACUUCAGCACCUCUGAAAAGUCCUGGGAGAAGCAAGCUCCUGACUAGUACUCUGUCUAAGUCUCACCAGGAAGUUCUCUCAAAGUCAGGGUCUUCACGAAAGAAAGUCUUUCACCAAGAGGAAUUGCAUCCAUCCUAUUACACCUUUGAGACUUCUUCCAAAUCUGUCCACAUGCUGAGCAGUAGCAAAUUAUGUGCUCAGAAAGUACCCUUUGAGAUGAGGACAGAUGAUAAGAGAAAGAAAUCAAGUAAGAGCACCAGGCUGCAGCACUGGGAUAUGCCCAGCAGUGACAGCAAGAUUGAAAGCAACGGUAACAUUCGAAUUCCCAGGCCAUCAGCCAUGAUCUUGGACCCUACUGACUCCUGUAAGGCCUCCAGAACACAAGCAUAUUCAAAUACGAAAAAAAAGGGAAAUACAAAUAACUGUGUCCAUUCCACCCUCUCCAAUGAGAAGAAACUUAAAACAAAUGGAGUAAAGCAAAGCACAUACAAAUUCAAAUAAUACCUGAAAUGAUAAUGCUUCAUAAAUACCUGUCAAUGCCUAGAUUUUAGAGCUCUUUAAAAGUUACCAUAUGGUGAGUUUAGAGGUAUUUUACAAUCACUUGACAUUUAAGGUUACCUUUAAACAAUAGUCUUUCAAUAAGUCUUUCUUUGUAUUGAUAGGCUUAAGCAAAUGAGAGGUUUUAGAUAAAAAUUAAUCAGAACCUGUGCCACAGGAAGAAGAAAAAUUUCAUCUCCCUUGAUCCAAAGUAAAACUUCAGAAACAGCAUAUGCAGAACAGAAGUGCUAUCUCCCUAUUUUCACUACAUAGAAGUUAUCUAAUAAGAUAGUACAUUGUUUUAAACAAUAAAAAGUCCUAAAUGUGUCUACUUAGCCAGGGCUAUCUAGAACCUCAUCACUGCCACUCCUCCCUUAAUGAAAACUAUUUAAGCAAAAGUUCUGUCCAUCUCAUCCUUGGGGAAAAGCCUCAGUUUUUUUUUUCCCUCAAGUUAGGAAAUAUUUAUUUUGAAUAGUCAUUUGUUACUGAGCAGCUUGCUCUCCAGAGAUAAUAAAAUGUAGUGCUUGCUUGCUUACAUUUUUCCUGACAAAGUAUGAAAAAAAGGCAUCUUAAAUUUAGAGGUUGUGAUGAAAUCCAUUUUUGUAUUCUCUAAAAUGAGCAUAAAAUAAUGUGCAGGCUGCCCCAUAGAAAUGUCAGUAGAUGUAAGUGUAAUUGUUGCUAUUUGAUAGGGGCCAAGAAUGAAAUCUUUACUACCCUAGAAUUUCUGCUUUAUGCAUGCUUUUCUGAAGAGAUGCCACAGGAAGUCUCCUUGUAUAGCUUGCAAAUCACGGCCCCCUAAUAGGAUAGAAACAUAGCCACUUUGUCACAGUUAUGAAUUUGGGACAUGAAUCUUGAUAUCUGUAGUCAAAAUAGUGAUGUUUCUGAUUGCAAAAGCAAGAUUUGAUAAUCUUGCUGGGAUGAGGAAAGGAUACAUUUAGGAUUUGGUGAAGAGGAGAAUGUGAAACAGUUACUAAAUAUAUUCUUAGUAUCUUUUGCUAAAUGCUUAUUUAAUUAUUUAUUGGUCAAGUAACAUCUAAUUGUUCCUGUAGUUGUGUCAUGAGGUUUCUACUGAUGUUGGUGAAUACCUUUAGAGCCUUAAGUUGACUACUAUUUGAUAUUGAUUAUGUUUUAUUGCCUAUAGCUGAUUUUAUCCCUAUAAACAAUUACUCUAUUUAAUUUUGGCAUGUAAAAUUUUUUCAUCAUUGGGUGAAAUAAAAAAAAUGGCACAUUUCAUUUGAAAUGUAGAAUAACCUGCAAACUUCUCACAGUCUUUAUUCAGUGUCAUCCAAGACACUUGUUAAUAGCACAAGGACAAGAUAUAUAUUUAUAGCUAAAAGGAGACAAAAUUAAAUAUUAAUAUUUAGUUUUAAAAUGCAAUUUUAAUAAUAUUAAACAACAUAUAAAUAUUUUCAUGGUAGCCUUUUUUCUUCCAGGACUUAAUUACCAGAUAUUUACAGGUUUAUCUUAAUUUCUUUCUGGCAUCAAUCUAUUGGAGAGAACAUGCUCUAACACUAAGAUUUAUACCCUUUAUACAAACACACUAUGUGCAUUGCUUCAUAGCUCUUGCUUAUUCUUAGCAUGUGUAUACAGUGUAUGUAUUGUAUUUUGAAAAAUAAAACUGCUAUUUUCCUUUCUGGGAUCUUGGCACCCCGCUUGGCCUUUGCCUGCUAUGUAAGUGUAGAUAAUUUCUCUUUCAUACACUGAUAUACCUUGUGAUUCUUUCUCUGCUUGAUUUUUUUAUACAGCUCUUUAUGGCUUUUUGGGGGGGCUACCAAAUCUCUGUAUGCAUGCUGUAUACAAAGAUAUGCUCUUGACAUUAACAUCCAGGGCUAGGCUGAGUUGCUACCUUACCCGGGAACGCAUCUGUCUGGAUAUUCUGCAGACAUUGAAGGGUGAGGGUGAAUCAAGUUUACUUUCCUUGCUUGGUUCCUGUCUGAGUGAAGACCCAUCUGAUGCUGCUAUUAUUUAAGAGGAACAACUCAUUUGUUCUAGCUCUUUCAAUGGAGAUUGAUUGCCUAAGUUGGGGGACUAGUCAGAAUGCUAUAUGCUAUAUGCUAGCUAGAUUUAAAUGCCUGAAAUGGAGACUUUUCCUUCUCAGGUUGAUGGUUUCUUUUAACCAAAGUUACAUGAUUGGAUCAACGCUCCUAAUAAGUGGCAUAGGUUUAUUACACAACAUAAGCACAAUCUAAAUUUAUGAUAACAUAUCUGAUACAUUUUGAUGCACUGAUGGCUGUAGACAGGAGUCUUGUUGUAUUCAAUAGAUACUGUUAGAAAACUGACUCAUGAGCUCAUCCAUCUCAAGUAUAAGCAUUGCAUGUCUUGCUAGUUGCUAUGAGUCAGUAUUUAUAAGAAGUGCCUCUCAUUUCUGAGGAGUUGUUUACAUACAUGUUUAUUGAAAUCAAUUAAAGUAAUUUAAUGUAAGAGAGUAACCAAAACAUAAAGAGAAUGUAAGAACUACUUCAGUCUCAGACUCAAGAGAUUCCUGGGAAAAAGUACAAAAAAUACACACAAAAAAUAUACCAGUAUUAACUAUAAUGAUGUAAGUUUAGACUUCUCAGCUAGUUAAUGAGUAAACUCAGUGAGGUUUUAUUGUAUGGAGUUGAGCUAAAGGUCUGUGAGGAAAGAUGAGAGAAUACCACCUCUGGUUUUACAACUACUAACUAUAAAAAAAGAUAGUUAUAGUGGCUCUUAGGCCUAUUAAGUUAGUUUCCAGAAAGACAGGAGAAAGCCCUCCUUAUAUGAUAUAAAUACUGUCCAUUUCCUCUCUUCUCAUUUACUUGAGUAGUUAACAUUUAAAAAAUAUAUAUAAACCUCUUGGUGGUACUAUAUUUCAGAGAAGUAGUAUUAUUUAUUUAUGUAUAUGUGUAAAGCACCAUUAAAAAUGGCCUGAAUAUGUUUGUUAUUUGAUGUAAUGUAUGCUUGGUUUUAUAUGUAAUAAAACAAGAAAUGUCAGUUUUUGUGAAUUUGGAAUUUUCUUAUCUUGUGAUCAAUUAAACAAAAGGAAAA